UACAUCAAUUUCACCCCAUCUCUUCUUUCUGAUAUUUUCCUUUAGGGUUUAUCCUCUUCUCUCUUUUCUCAGUGUAGUAAAAUGGCUGAAGUAGAAUACAGUUGCUUCGUCGGUGGGCUCGCAUGGGCUACCACCGAUAGAACCUUAGCUGAUGCUUUCGGUACAUACGGCGAAGUUCUCGACUCGAAGAUCAUUAACGACAGAGAAACUGGCAGAUCUAGAGGAUUUGGCUUUGUUACCUUUAAGGAUGAGAAAUGCAUGAGGGAUGCAAUCGUAAGGAUGAACGGUCAGGAACUUGACGGCCGUAGCAUUACCGUUAACGAAGCUCAGGCUCGUGGAAGUGGAGGCAGCGGCGGUGGUUACGGAGGUGGCCGACGUGAAGGAGGAGGCGGUGGUUACGGAGGUGGUGGUGGUGGCUACGGAGGUGGCCGACGUGAGGGAGGAGGCGGUGGCUACGGAGGUGGCCGACGUGAAGGAGGAGGCGGUGGUUACGGAGGUGGCGGUUAUGGCGGUGGUGGUCGUUAUUAGAUUAAAUUUACUUAAUUUUGGCCUAUUGUUAAAUUGGCCUUUAGAUUAGUAUCCAUUACUGUUUUAGUGUGGUUGGUGUUAUUGUCCUUUAUAUUUGGUUAAGAUACUGUGAAUCUGUAUUUUACAAAGUUCCAUGGAAUCAAGUAAAUGAUGGUUUACGAAAUAA